GGCCGAGGAAAAAGCAGCAGAAAAGCCAGCAGCAGCCGCCCGCUCAUAAAUCUAUCAGCUCCGCCAAAGAAAAACCAAAUUAAUUCAAUUAAUUACCAGCCAAAUUACUCUCUCAUAAAUUAAAUUAAAUCCCGUUCGGUUCGCUCAACCUACCGCAGAAAUCCCUACCUUCGUUUGAAGCCCAUUCAAGUGAAAUUCUAGCGAUUUUCUAUAAAUUACAUAAAAAGUGUCUUGCGGAAAUUCUCGCUCUUUCGGCCAUUUUCACGCGCUAAUGAAAAUUCGCCGAAAGAUUUGCAUUAAAUCAUCAGUAAAAAUAGCAAACUAACGGUACAAUGAGCCCAGCUGUUUGAAAGCCGCAACAGCAACAACAAAAACCAUAAAGCAACACGCACCACAUCACACAGCAACAACAAAAACAACGGCCCGCAUUGCUCAUAAUUAAUAUGUACGAGAAAGCAUUAAAGAUAGGAACUGCGAAAGUUAAUAAUGCAUAUGAAUGGCAAAAAGUGAGGUACAACAACAAGCCACAGGCAGCAGCAACAGCCGCGGUUAGGCCAAAGCCGCCACAACAAUCAGCACAGAAAGAAAAUCAAAAACAAAGUCAAAAGCAUGCAACAAAAGUCGCGCCAGCCACAGCGCCACCGUUAAGCGGCAACAUAACCGGCAGCAGCAUAACCGUUAAGCAGGGCCCGAAAGUCAAAUUCGUUGGCAACGCGGCGCGCCGGCAGUCGCUGGCCCACCAAAUCAAGCGAGCACAUCGCCAUCUGCUGACCAGCGGGGGUCAGGACAAGCAGCCGCAGCAGCAGCAGCAGCAAAAGCAAAAAACACAAGUGCAGUCGCCGCCUGGCAGCAAAACAGUUGCCAAACCGAAACAGCGCUCGAAACAAUUGCCGAGGAGCGAUAAGCCAGGCCGGGAGAAGGCCAAGCAGCAGCUGGCCAGAAAGCAGAGAGGAGUCACCGCCAGGAGGAGCAACAAGCGAGCGGAUUCAGAGUCUUCGGGCCUCUCAUCCCGCUGGUGUUCCAUCGAGGAGCAGCUGAACCUGCUGGACGACCUGCUCUACUACUGCGAUGAGGAGGCGGAGCUCUAUCUAGCCCAGCUGUACGAACGGUUCGAGACCCUCCGCAGCAGCAGGAGCUCCUCGCCAGCCAGCGAUUUCUGGAGCGACUCGGACAUGGAGCACCACGACGACUCCAGCACCAGUGGCACUGGAAGCCACACGGCCAGCAACGCCAGCCUAGUUCCCGCCUCGCUGAAGCGCCGCGGCCACCAGCACCAUCCGCGCUUCUCCGGCACUCGCCGUCCCAAUGUGCCCAACGUCCAGGAGAUCCUGGCCGCCCUCUACCGCGGCGACUCCAAGAGCGCCCUCUCCAAUCUCAGGGGGGAGACGCCAGCCGAAGAACCAGAGCAAACGCAGGAGGCGGUGCUGCCGCCCAGCAGGAGCACCUUGAGCCUGCCCCUCAGCGAAUCGGUGACCAACUCCCUGGGCAGCAACAGUCCCACGCCCACGGACGAGAGCAGUGUCCAGGAUGAAGGGGCCAGCCAACCAGUGGCUGUUCCCUCAGCAGAGGGCGCCGCUCCGCCAGCAGCCACAACCACCUCCGCCAAGAGCAAGAAAAAGAAGCGGGAGAAGGGUGAAAAGUCGGAGAGAUCCGAGAAGUCGGAGAAAUCGGAGAAGAAAAAGAAGUCUUCGGGCAAGAAGGAGCGCAGCAAGCGGUCCAGCGCCAUGGAGAUGAGCAGCGACAGCCUGGCCACCGACCUCAGUGGCGGGGCCAUUGACGAGGGCAUCGCCCUGGCGGACGACGACGACAACCAGGCGGCGGAGUGGUCCAAGCUGCGGUGCACCAGCGAGGCGGCGGAGAUCGUGGCCGAGCGCGAGGCGCGGCGAAACAAGGGACGCUGCGCGGACUACCCGGGCCUGGCCUUCGGCAGAUCCAUCUUCAGCUCGGACACCAUGAUGAAGUUCAACAUCAUCCGGAACGAGCUGCACAACAUCAUGAACACGCAGCUCAAGCGGGCCGAGUCCGAGGUUGCCGCUCUGAACCGUCGCAUCCAGUUGCUCGAAGAAGACUUGGAGCGCUCUGAGGAGCGUCUGGGCUCCGCCACAGCCAAGCUGUCGGAAGCCUCUCAGGCCGCCGAUGAGAGCGAACGGAUACGAAAAGCGCUUGAGAAUCGCACAAAUAUGGAAGAUGACAAAGUAGCUCUCUUGGAGAACCAAUUAGCACAAGCAAAAUUAAUUGCAGAAGAAGCUGAUAAGAAAUACGAAGAGGUUGCCAGAAAACUCGUGCUCAUGGAACAGGAUCUGGAGCGAUCCGAGGAGAAGGUCGAGCUCAGCGAAAGCAAAAUCGUGGAGCUUGAGGAGGAGCUGCGCGUGGUUGGCAACAACCUGAAGUCCCUGGAAGUCUCUGAGGAGAAGGCCAACCAACGCGAGGAGGAGUACAAGAACCAGAUCAAGACCCUCAACACUCGUCUAAAGGAGGCUGAGGCUCGCGCUGAGUUCGCUGAACGUUCCGUUCAGAAGUUGCAGAAGGAAGUCGACAGGCUCGAAGAUGACCUCCUCAACGUGCGGGGCAAGAACAAACUGCUGCAGGAGGAAAUGGAGGCCACCUUACAUGACAUACAGAACAUGUAAACAUCUAAUUUGCUUAUGUAAAUUAACUAAACUGCCUGCUUUGACGUCAAACAAAACACCCACGCACACAAAACUGGCGUUUUCCAUAAUUUAAAUACUAGAGAACACAUCUCCACACACCAACCCACGCCACAACACGCCACGCCCACCACCCACUCGAGACAAGAUCCAAGGACGCCAAGUGUCUUCCAUGCGGAUGCGAAAGCCAUCUUCGAACGCCAAGCAACGGGAGAGUUAAUCAAAAAUCAAAAAUAGCGUUAAACACUCUAUACAUAAACAUGAACUCAAUGAAAAGCAGACGGAAGGGCAGAACUAAAGCAAAACAUUCUCGUAGCAAGCGCAUUCCAAUUUACCAUAAACAAUUUUCGAUAUCCGCUUCGAUAUCCAUUUCGAUAUUUUCGAUGACUGGCAGCUAUCGCCAUUUUACUGUAACUGUUGCAAUACAAUCAAAUCAAAUUUAAAAAUUAUUCCAUUGAUUUUACUAUAUAUAUUUUAUCUUUGCUUUUGCUACCCCUACCUUGUUUUGUUUUAUUUUAAAAACCUUAAAUUAUACCUGUACUUUUGUAUUUGAUGAGAUGACAACUUGGACAAAACACGCAUUGCCGCCUUCUUUUUAGUUUACGUGUAUUGAAUAGAGAGACAAACAAUCGCUGUUAUUUAUAUUUAAAGAGUAAAUUCUAUGCUAAAACUUUGUAUUUUGUCGCCAGCUUAACUGUAUUAAUAAUAUGCUAAUGUUUACCUUGUUUAUACAUUAUUUAAACAAAUUGUCGUGUUUGCAAAACGUUGUGUAAUAUUUGCCUACUUUUAAGUUGCCGCCACGCCUACGAACACGAACUACUACUCUUUCCAUAGAGAUUCCAAAACAAAAGACAUUUAGCUAGUGCACUUCAUUCCAAUUGCAAAUCGCUGAUACCGGCUACCCGGUUACCCGGUUCGCCCGAUUCAGACCACUUUUAUUUAAAAAAUAAAACGAAAACCAACUUCCCUACACUAACCAAUCUUCUGAUUCUGAAACACACACACCGUGACACCCAAAUGAGAAGAAUGCUGCAACAAGAAAUGGCAUUAAAAAUUCUAAUUCGAUCUAUUUACGAUUUACAUAAAUUAAUUAUUUAUACUUUAAUAUAUACCUAUACAAUACAUAUACUAUACAAUACAUACCAUGCUGCUGCAAUUGCACAAAUAAAGUAUUUUUUCGAAAAACGUA